UUAUACAAUACAAAGCAGAGCACAGCAAUAUUUUCCAGAAUAAAAAAGAUUGAGAAAGACUUACGAGAAAUUAUUUAAAAAUAUUAAGUUUAGAUAGGAUUAUUAAUGUUUAAAUUAUUGAGUCGUGGAGUGUGAAAAGUCAGUGAUAUUAGAAUCAUUGAGUUGUGAGGAUUAAAUUUGUGAAUUUCGAAAUUUUUGAUAAAAUUAAUAAUAUUGAUGAGUAUAUCAUUUAAUCAGCCUUCAAAAUUUCGAGUUUUCGUCAUUGAAUACAAGACAGACACAAAGACAUCGAUCGCUCUGCCGGUGCUUUAGACGUGUGCCGUUUUUAAUAUGCAUUAAUCGACUCAAAAAACCAGACACCAUCUAAGAAUUUGAAUAAAAUUAAGAUCCAGUUUAAUAAAUAUAUAUCUCUAGUGCUACACAAAAUAAGGAAUAACAAGUUACAAAAAUGAUAAACUCUGUGCUAUUAACAUCGUCGAUUUCCACAAUAUUUCCUUUAGUUGCAUUUAUCAUCACUGUAAUUGCAUUCAUAUUGCUGUUUUUUGUCAAAGUAGUGAACCAAGGUGAUGUGAUUAGACAAUCUUCAAUGUCUAUAAAUGCUACCGUACAAAUUCCUCAAAUAAAAAUGACAAAAGUUCAUAUACCAUUCACAUUUCGCUUAGAGACUCAAAAAGAUUCCGAUGAAGCUGUGAAGUUUGUAAUAUCGAGCAAUGUUAAGUACACGCUGCAAGCCUUCUUCAAUGUAUCAAUUCGUGAAUUACACAUGUCAAUGUGGAGAAGUUGGAAUGAAAUUCGAGAGAGUGUUCAUACGAGGCAUGAAAGCAUUAUCGAUCCAGCACAUUGUAAACAACUAGCAGUUGACUUGCGUGACCAACAGCCACAUGCUGAAGAGCGUACUAUUGUGAUAAAGUCUUUGGGAGACUUAAAUCUCGGAAAGGCUCCUCGUCAGGCAUAUCCAUUGGUGGUGUUCCUUAUUAAAGCUGACUGUGAAAAUGAGAAUCUUGACGAUACUGUUCUUUUAAUGAACGUUAUUCAUAUCCGAGACACUCAAUGUCCAUUGCCAACAAGUGUGCUUGCUCAGUAUUUAAAACAGGCUUCUGGACAGCUCUCAUGCUUAAAGCAACUUUAUCUGUCAUCUGUUGAUAGUGACGGCGAGUAUUCAUAUUCUAAAACAGGAUCACUUUCAUUAGCGGAACCGGUGGCAUGUACCAGUGAUAGCUUACCAAUUUUGUGCUCCGACACAUUAAUGCCAGAAAAUAAUGACCAAUUGUGCGUUGUGUGCCGUUUCUAUCCACUUUCUAGAGCACUAUUACCUUGUAGGCAUACUGUAUUAUGUGCAAUUUGUUUCUCUAAACUGGAUCGUUGUCCGAUUUGUCGUAGUCCAAUUACAAGCUAUUUCUGCAUUAGAUCAGAAGAUUAUAUUAGUAGCCAUACGACGAUCAUACAAGAACCAAAGAGUAGAACAUCAUUCAUUGAUGCUAUAAAUGAUUUCAUUAAUGAUAGAUUAACGGAUUUCCUAGGAUUUCGAUAAUUUUAGUCUCCUUCCUCUAUUCUAAAUUGCAACUAUGAUUUAUGUAAAUAAAAACUAAUAAGGGAAAGAAAUCAAUACUUAAUAAAAAAGUGUUUAGACGUUUUACUUGGC